AUGAGCAGCCUACCCGAAUUUACACCUCUGAACGCGUUCCCUCCAUCCACCGGAGAUGCUAUCUCAAUCUCGUUUCUAACCAACCCUGAUAUCAAAGCUGCGGACGAUGAGUGUCUAGCCGGCAACGAUCACGCUUCGGUGCUUGUUAACCAGCUAAUACGAACGGGUAUUCCGCCUGAGAAUUUGCAGACCUGUCUGCAAAAUGCUACGCACUCUGGGAACGGAAGUCUCGUUGAGCAGCUACUGGCAAUCGGAGUUCCUUUUGAUACUGGCGUUCUCUGCACUGCAAUUGACCGAGGGGCUCUGAACAUGCUUUCUGUGUUUCUGACAUAUGGCUGGGAGAUUAAUCGAGAGACCAACUGGUGUACCGCACCGCUCUUGUCGUUAGUCUCGACUGUGAGCGAGAAAGUGCAUGACCUGUGCUGAUACGAUGAUUAGGUAUGCCAUCCAAGUUGGAGCAGGUACUGUGGUCGUAUCCUGGUUCCUAAGUCAUGGUGCGGAUCCCAACGCUAGCUGCCAGGCCGGCCUUACUCCGCUAUCCACUGCCAUCUCGGUUGCACCUCUGGCCAUUAUACAGCAACUACUCAAUCAUUGCGGACCCGAUACAGUUUUUCAAGGACAGCUGCUCCACUUCGCCGCGCGGCGGAGUGACAGCGUCAGCGUCCAAGUCGUCCAACUGAUUCUUCGCCGUUGCCAACCUUACUUCAAUGCUAUUAUGUGGGACAAUCAGCCGCUUGCGUACGAGUGUUACAAGAUUACCGGGCUGGGCACACCUCUUCACGAGGCGGCUCGAGAAGGACGACCGGAGAUUGCUGAGGCCCUACUUCGCGAGGGUGCCAGUACCUCUAUACAUGAUACUCGCGGUCGGACAGCUAUUGAAUUGGCUGAAAUAGCCGGAAACGUAGAAGUUGUGAAGGUACUUCACAAUCUCGAGAAGGAAACAGCGUCGAGUGUAGCGAAGAUCUGA